UCGUUGUUCUCCUCAAACUCUGUCACUUCUUCUCUCUCUCUCGGCUCCGGAGGGCUUUGGAUUUGGAGGAGAUCAGGGCUGUUUUUGCGGUGUAAAGGGGGUCUGUAAUUCUGUGAAUUUGGAUAUCCAUCUCCUAAUUCGAAUCUUUUGAUUUCUCUACUUUCUCUAAUUCCAUACUUUCUUGUAAGUUUUUCCCGUUUCCUUACUCUAUAUUUCUCGGAAUUAUUGGUUUACACAAAUCGUGGAUACGCUGUAUUCUAUUUUUCUUUUUUGUUGGGAUUCUGCUGCCUGCAAAUUUGUUGUUUAUAUUCAUCUGGGGUUGCGUUAUUCUGUUAUUUUGCGUGUUCUUUAGUUGGGUUCUGUUUUGGGAUUUUUUCCCCCCACAUCGUCUUAUUGGGUUUUGUUUGGAGGGGCGGAAGUAAAAUUUUGGAAUUGGAUUGUUGAAGUGGACCAUGAUUUAGAAUUUUGAGGUGAAAUUUUGGUGGUGGAAGUGUUGAUUUUAUCUGUGAAACUGGGUUUGUAUGGAUGUGUUGUUGAUAUGAGGUGAUAGUUUUCAAUCUAGAGGAGGCUGAAGAUAGUUUCUUCUUAUUGGAACUGUUGGUAAAUAAGCAUUCUUUGUGUAUUAAGCUCUGAGAGAUCAUGGGAGAAGAUUUGCUAACUAGUUUAUCUAUGGAAAAUCACCACCCAUCUACCCUAUUGUCGAUGGAUUCGAGUUCUCUGUCUCAUGAAGAACUCGAGCGAGAAUUGAAUCGGCCUAUUGUUCUUACCCGACCGCCUGACAUCAAUCUUCCGCUUUCGGCCGAGCGCAGUCCUCCUCCACAACCCUGGAAUUCAGACCCUUUUGACAUGUUAGAUGUUAGCCUGGGAACGCAAAUUAAUGAGUCUGAUGCUCUUCUCAAUCUGCCCAAAACCGGGCGCAAGUUUUCCAAGAGACUAGACAGUGUAUGGGGUGCUUGGUUUUUCUUCAGUUAUUAUUUUAAGCCUGUGAUGAACGAGAAAUCGAAGUGCAAAAUCGUGCGUGACAGUAACGGGGUUUCUGGGUUUGACAAGUCGGAUCUAGAGCUUGAGGUGUUUUUAGUUCAACAUGAUAUGGAGAACAUGUAUAUGUGGGUUUUUAAGGAAAGGCCAGAGAAUGCACUGGGUAAAAUGCAGCUCAGGAGCUAUAUGAACGGUCACUCUCGGCAAGGUGAACGCCCUUUCCCAUAUAGCGUUGACAGGGGAUUUGUUCGGUCUCACAGGAUGCAACGAAAGCAUUACAGGGGCCUAUCGAAUCCCCAAUGUGUGCAUGGCAUUGAGUUUGUUUCGUUGCCCAAUCUCAAAGGUCUCGACGAGGAGGAGCAGAAAAGAUGGGUAGAACUUACAGGGAGGGAUCUAAACUUCUCUGUCCCACCAGAAGCAAGCGAGUUUUGUUCAUGGAGGAAUCUUCCCAGCACAGAAUUUGAGCUGGAAAGACCCCUCCCUUCCUUGAAAACUAACUCCCAUCCUCCUCCGAGGAAAUUGUUAAAUGGGACUAGUCUGAACCUGUCGACUCGACCAACGAAUCAUGUAAAUGGUGGAGGAAUGGAUCUGUCGCCGAAAGGCAACAAGCGGAAGAAGGAUCUAUUUCUACAUGGGAACGAUGAAGACUGUUGUUUGCUCAUUAACCAACACAAUGACAGAGUUCAAGAUACAGAAAUCCAUCCAAUUGAACCUCCAUGGUUAAAUGAUUUCAGUGGGGUAAUGAGGAACGUUUAUGGUCCUGUCACUGCUGCAAAAACGAUCUAUGAGGACGAGCAAGGAUACUUGAUAAUCAUCAGCUUGCCUUUAGCCGAUCUAAAACGGGUUAAAGUGACUUGGUGGAACAACCUCACUCAUGGGGUUGUAAAGAUAACAUCGGUGAGCACAGGCUGUAUGCCCUUUGUGAAAAGAAAUGACAGAACAUUCAAGCUCACCGAUGCAUCGCCGGAGCACUGCCCGCCUGGAGAGUUUAUAAGGGAAAUUCCUUUACCAACCAGGAUCCCAGACGAUGCAAAGCUAGAAGCAUAUGGAGAUGAGACGGGUACUGGUCUAGAGAUAAUGGUGCCUAAACAUCGCGUCGGUCCAGAAGAACACGAAGUUCGUGUUUGCCUUCGCCCUCAUCUUGGAGCGAACGAGCUCGUGUUAUCUUGAAGAAGGCAGGCAGGGAUUGGAACUGUUCAUUGUCAUUUCUCAAUGCUGUAGCCAGAAAAAACAGAUGAUUUUUAUGAAAUUGAAAGGGAAAAUAUGUUUUAAUCCAUUUUCUCUUUGAUGUUAAUACCAUCUGCUGCCUAAUUAUGGUUUCUGAAUUGUGGGCAAACAGUUCUUGCUGAUUAAAUUUUUGUGCUCUUCAACUUGCAUUGGAUAUAUAACACCAAGCUUAACUACAA